UUGGGUAUUAAGCCUUUCUGUGUUCAGCUACAUGUGCUUAUUGCAUGUCUUUAUUUCUUCUUUAAGGUUCCCUGGACCCUGGACUCCUGGGGACUCAGCACUGGAGCAGAUGGAUAAUGGAGACUGGGGCUAUAUGAUGACUGAUCCAGUCACGUUAAAUGUAGGUGGACAUUUGUACACAACGUCUCUCACCACGUUAACUAGAUACCCGGAUUCCAUGCUCGGAGUUAUGUUUGGGGGCGACUUCCCCACGGCGCGAGACCCCCAGGGCAAUUACUUCAUCGAUCGGGAUGGACCUCUUUUUCGCUACGUCCUCAAUUUCUUGAGAACUUCAGAGUUGACCCUGCCCCUGGAUUUUAAAGAAUUCGAUCUGCUGAGGAAAGAAGCAGAUUUUUACCAGAUUGAGCCUCUGAUCCAGUGUCUCAAUGACCCUAAGCCCCUGUAUCCUAUGGAUACUUUCGAAGAAGUCGUGGAGCUCUCGAGCACGCGGAAGCUGUCCAAGUACUCGAACCCUGUAGCCGUCAUCAUCACUCAGCUCACCAUCACCACCAAGGUCCACUCCUUGCUAGAAGGCAUCUCCAACUAUUUCACCAAGUGGAACAAGCACAUGAUGGACACCAGAGAUUGCCAGGUUUCCUUCACGUUCGGACCCUGUGACUAUCACCAGGAAGUCUCUCUCCGGGUCCACCUGAUGGAAUACAUCACCAAGCAAGGCUUUACGAUUCGCAACACGCGAGUGCAUCACAUGAGCGAGCGGGCCAACGAGAACACGGUGGAGCACAACUGGACUUUCUGCAGGCUGGCCCGGAAGACAGACGACUGAUCUCCAAACUUGGGAGAAGUUUCUGGAAACAGAUUCUCCAGGAGAUGAAAGAGACAGAUUUAAAAAAAAAAAAAAAAUCACACUGUGGGCUUAUAAAAAAAAUGUAUUUAUUUGAAGGCGUUAAGGACCAGAAGGUGUGUUAGUGGACUCCUGUAUGUUUCGUUCUCUUCACCCGAGUAUGCAUGUGCCUGUUCAGAGCCUCCAAAUACCUUUUUUAUAAAAAGAACUCUGAAAAUCAUUAUGGUA